AUGGCAGCAGCGACCACCUCAAGAGCUACCUUCGCCACGCAGGGGACAGUGUCAAACCCGCUGGAUCUGGCGCCGCAGGGAGAGCACGUAUCGGUCGACCUCGCAGUGGGGAAGAGCCAAAGGAAGACGGUCAGGCCGAAGGUCAAGGUGACCUUGACGAGCUUGACUACCAACAACGCUGGAACUCUACGUAAACUCAACUCGGUUGUCCUCCCCUUGGUCUACUCAGACAAAUUCUACAAGGAGAUACUGGAUGCUACGCUUGACGAUGUGAACAAGCUCAUCUAUUACGCCGAUAUACCUGUCGGUGCUAUCUGCUGUCGUUUUGAAAGCCUCACAUCAACUGCGAAGGAGAAGCCACCAACACUGGUCAUCCUGACAUUAUCUGUUCUUGCCCCGUAUCGCUCCCUGUCAUUAGGCACAGCCCUCCUCCGAAACGCCCUCACUGCCUGCCUCCACCCCGCGACCCCCGCCCCACCCAUUCCCUCGGCAGACAAGGCCAACACCCGCGGCUCGCUUACCGUCGCUGCACCACGGAAGGUGGUCAAGCGGGCUAUUGCCCAUGUUCAGGUCGGGAAUGACUCGGCGAAGCGAUUCUACGAGAGAAUGGGAUUCAGGGAAACAGAAACCAUCAAGAACUUCUACUCGAAAAUGCAACCAAGCGGGGCGGUCCUGAUGGUUUGCGACGACAUCGCGGCGGCACUGGGCGAGACCGCGAAUGGGACGGCCUAG